GCGCGGGGAAUCGCCCCUCCCCCGACCCGCGCACUCUAUUGUCAAUUAUUUUUUCACUUGUUAACGCACACGACAGCACGACACGUUCAUUGGUUAAAUAGAUAUUUGUUUUGAUUUUUGCGGCUUAUUAUCAAUAAAAGUGAUCUGUUUUUGUGUUGGACAAUGAAACCUAAAUCAAGUUGUAUUUGGAACUACUUCAUUCAAGUUAAUUCGGAUUCGGCAAAGUGUAAACUGUGUAUGAAGACGUAUUCAAGAAAGGGAGGUACGACAACGUCUUUAAAAAGCCAUUUGAAGUCUGUCCAUGCCACUGAAUAUGAAGAAUUAAUAAAGUUAGAAACUGAAAAAAAAAAUACUGUAAGUGUACAGCCUUCGACUUCGACGCCCCUUCAGGAUGCUAAAAAACAAAUAACUUUGAAAGAAACUUUGGCGAAGAAUACAAAAUGGUGCACUUCAAAUCCUAAAUCUAUGGAAAUUGACAAAUUGAUUUCUGAAAUGAUUGCUUUGCAAGAUCUACCCUUCAAUUUUGUAGAAGGUAUAGGAUUUCGGCGACUUAUGCAGUUCAUCGUGCCGAAUUAUCACUUAAGGGGAAGACAUUUUUUUACUGAAAAUAUUUGUGGCCAAUUAUAUGAAACAUUAGCAAAACAAAUUAAGGAUUUGCUCACGCAAAUUGAAAAGAUCUCAUUUACAACAGAUAUUUGGACCGAACCAAGUUCGAAUGUGUCUUUAUUGAGUCUGACAGCACAUGGCAUAAAUGGAGAUUUUAGAAGACUCAAAGUUAUUUUAAAAUGCCACACAUUUGACGGAAGACAUACAGGAGACCUAGUUUUAGAAAAUAUUAAGAGUAUGUUAAUGGAAUGGGACGUCGUAAAAGAGAAAAUUCACUGCUUUGUACGCGACUCUGGAUCUAAUAUGAUACGAGCAAUGAAACUCGGCGACAUACCUGAUGUCAGUUGCACUAUACACCAGUUGCAACUGUGUGUACGAACAUUAUUAGAUUGUGAUGAAGACAUUAAAGCCUUAAUAUCGAAAUGCAAAAAAAUUUCGACGCAUUUCAAUCAUUCCCAAAUAGCCCGGACUGAACUGCACAAAAUACAAAAGGAACAACUCAACCAAGAAUGUUUGAGUGUAAUACAGGAGUGUAGUACGCGGUGGAACAGUACAUUUUAUAUGUUACAAAGAAUGAUUAGAAUACAAGAUUCUCUAUGCCUGUACGCAUCUAAGCACAACAUCUCUCAAUUGUCUCCUGAAGAAUGGCUGCAGCUUAAAAAAAUAGUGACUAUACUUCAACCUUUUGAAGAAAUUACCCGAAAUAUGAGUGACAAUAACACAAGUAUCUCAUCAGUAAUUCCACUUAUACACACUCUUAAGUAUACAUUACGAUUACACACUGAAGGCAAUAAACAAGACACAAAUGAAAAAUUUAAAAGUAUAAUAAAAAGUACCAUCGAUCAAUUAAAUUCUAGAUUUAGUGACCUUCAAUCAAACAAUUUCUUUGCAAUAGCAACAUAUUUAGAUCCUCGUUAUAAAACAAAAUUUUUUAAUGAAGUGGCUAAACAGAACAUUGAAACAGAAAUAAUGUCAAUAUUUGAUGCAGCAGAUACUUCUAAAAACGAGGCUGAUAAUAUUGUCGCUCCUGUAGAAAAACGGGCAAGAAUGGAAUUACCAGCAGAAACUAGCCAUAGUAGUAAUGUGCAAUCAGUUUUGUCAAACAUAUUAUUAAGUAGUGAUGAAGAAGACGAUAAUAAUACCACACUUGAUAAAAGUCCAGUUUUUGAUAAAUUUGUCUUCGUAAAAAAUAUACUAAAUGAGUUCAAUAAAGAAAAACGUAUUAGUAUUAGUGAUGGUCCGCUAUUAUGGUGGAAAGUUAAUGUAAAGGAGAACUGCCGCUUAAAUCCGUCGGUUUAUUCUCUUGUUAUUCCUCCCUCUCGGCCUCCAAAUUGUAAUAAAUCCGUAAAACUAAUAGAAUCCAAAAUAAGCGAUGGUGAUCUCCUAGGAGCUGCCAACCUCCUGUUCAGAAACGAUGUUGUCGCCGUCAACUGCCAGGAGACACUUAGUGCUCUUGAAGACAAGCACCCACCUCCAGCACCUAAUCUGCUUCUACCUACGCCACCUGAUCCAACACAUGCUCAUUUCAUUACUAAAGAUAAGCAAAUUUUAGAUGCGAUAUUCUCUUUCAAAACUGCCUCUGCCAGUGGUCUAGAUGGGCUUUCUCCACAACAUUUAAAAGACCUUCUUUGCGUCUCUGUCGGUGACGCUGGCAGAGUCUUAUUACAUAAUAUCACUCAUCUGGUUAACUUGAUGCUAUCCGGCAAAGUUCCUGAAGAUAUUGCUGAUAUCUGUUACGGGGCCAACUUAAUUGCUUUAAAUAAAAAGAUGGUGCUUGGAUUUGGUGUCAAGGGAGGUUGUGAAGCAGCUGUGCACGCUCUUCGCACCUUCCUGUCGCUCGACGCAGCGGAGGUGGUCAACUCCGUAGAUAGAGGUCUAGGUACUCGUCAUAUUUCCCAUAUUGCCCUUCCCGCUUUUCUAUCUUCUGCAUAUGGUACAGCCAAGCUCUUUAGUAAAAUACUAUGCCCGUCUUUGGGUGUAGUGGAGUUGGCUCAUCUUGCAGAGGCUAGAAGUGCUUGGUCUAGAGCAUGCCCGGGAGUGGAUCCACCAACCUCUCUAUCUUCUCAGAGACAGUGGGACGAGCCGCUCUGUUUGCGUUUUCAGAGUGAUCUUUUAGCUUCUUUUGAAAACGCCACUGAGCGUGCUCGACUUCUAGCGGUCUUUCAGGCAGAGUCAGGUUACUGGCUGCAAGCUUUACCUUCAGUCAGUGUCGGGACUUUGCUUGACAAGAGCACUCUGUCUCUGGCAAUAUCGCUUCGACUUGGUGUCAAGACGAAUCAUCCCCAUCGUUGUCGUUGCGGUACUCGCGUCGGUGAGUUGGGUCACCAUGGUCUCUCAUGCCAAACGAGCGCUGGCCGAGUCUCCCGCCACGCCUGCAUCAAUGACGUCAUCCGCGGAGCUCUUAUCGCAGUCAACGUGCCAGCGGUCCUUGAGCCUAGGGGCAUCUUUCGUGACGAUGGCAAGAGACCUGAAGGAAUGACGCUCAUUCCGUGGAAGCAGGGUCGCCCUCUUGUGUGGGACGCAACUUGCGCGGAUACGCUUGCUCCGUGCCACACAGGGAGCACCUCCGUUGCUGCGGGUGCGGCGACAGCCUCUGCUGAAUGCUCCCAACAACCCACCUACCCACCACAGAAUACUCUACAGUAACACAACCUAAACACACUACAACCACACAGGACUCACGACAAAAACCAAUCACCAAAAAGUCAAAGACACUGCUAUUAAAAAAUUACAAAGAGACCUCCAGCCGAGGCCCGACAGAGUUGGGCAGAGCAGUAGCUUUUCAAUAAAUACGGCAGAUGAAGACCAACUCUGGCGGGCUCCGAAGGGGGGUCUCAAUCAAAAACGCGCAAAUGGCGGCUAGGAAAUCCAAUAUGGAUGACUUGAGACCACUGGCCAACGUAUCUAUACUGGGUGCCACCCUUCCAGCAGCGGAAACCCCAAAAAAAAUACCCACACAAACAGUAGACACAGAAAUGACAGACCAAGACCAAAACCCCCUUAUCGCCCCAUCCAAAACAGAUACAGCCGACCCGGUAAGUCCACCAUGCCCUGUCGCGGGGACGUCGACUGAGGAGAUGGUCUGUGCGUCGCAGCUCCCCCCAACCCACCCAAAGAAGGACCACUAUAGCAUCGUGUGGUCCGCAACAACAUGUAACGAGGAGGAAGAAAAGGAAAAGUGGGAAGGGUGUAGUUCAGCCUCAGAAUGGACCGACGCGGAUACCGUCGAAGGUGAAAGACGUCUCAGCAUUUUACCACCAAUAGGACUCCAUACGGGAGUGUGCAAAGAUCUUGCCACAGAUCGGGCACGCGAGUACCUACAGGUGGGCAAAGAGGCACUCGAGAGCUCGAAAACCCUCAAAAGGGAACUAAGAGCUACGGCCGUCGAGUGCCUUGGAAAUCUUUACGAACUAGUUCUCUCGCUGGCGGAUUCUAGAAAUCGCCACAGGUUAAACCUAGAGGUUGAGAGAACAAGGGCCGCAAGAGAACUAGUUCAUGUGGAAAGGGCCCAUAAUAGGGAAAUGCGGCAAAUGCAAGAUCGUUUUGAUGAGCGCCUCCAAGAAUUCAAAGAGGCAUGGACCGGUACCAGCAAAGCGGUCUCUGGGGUAAAAGGUUGGCUGAACUUUGGGAUGGAUGGCCUUAUCAAGACAGUUAGGGCCAUCCAUCUUGAAGUAAAAGAUAAAGAUAAGACCCAGAAACAGGCGCCGGUCCAAGAGAGCAUGGCUGUGCACCCCCCCGAACACGACCUCCCCCCCGGAGCUUCGAAACAUAUCGAAC